AUGCGAAAAAACGGCGAAUCAUCAACAAAUUUAAAUGAUCGUGAUAGAGCUUUAUAUUGUUUAAAACAAGCACAUAUCGAUAAUUUCAAAGUUGGACGUACAAAGUUACUAUUUCGGUAUUGGCAUACUGAUCAACUUCAUCAUUUAUCCAAACAAUUUGAAAGAAAAGUAAAUGUUUGUCAAAAAGUGAUACGUAGUUGGUUAACACGUCGAAAAUAUAAUCGUCUACGUGAAGUGCAUCAGUUACAAUUACAAUAUAUUAAAAAAUUUCUUAAUGAAGUAGAAACAAUUGGUAGUAUGUACAAAACAACCAUAUCCACGCAUGUUCAACAUGAUAAAAAACGACAUGAUGAUACAGCCUAUUUUCAACAAACACAUAACAAAUUCAGCAAUGAUCAACAGCAACAAUCAUCACAAGUAAAUAAAGAUAUAGAACAAAUUCCCGCUCAACAACGUGUUUUAGGAAAAGAAAGUAGUCAACGGCCAAAAAUGUCCUAUGCUAAUGGAGGAGUACUGUAAGUAUUCUGGUAUUUUACGUGGAUAUUCAGUUCAA